AUGAGCGACCCGGUGAUGGCGGCGGACGGGCAUGCUUACGAGCGGACGGCGAUCGAGCGCUGGCUCGCGACCAAGUCGACCAGCCCGCUGACGGGCGGCGAGCUCGAGCACAGCAUCCUGGUCCCUAGUCACAUGCUGCGCCGGAUGAUCCGGGACUGGGAGGGGGCGCGCAAGGCAGCUUCCAUUUCACUGUGGUCUGUGGCACAGUCGCGUUACAAAACCUUGAUUUGA